GCUCCCGAGUUCAGAGCGCACGACACGCGCAGGAAUGGCUGCGGCACGAGACCGGGAUUUAAUGCAAUAAUUCAACAUUUCCCGUCAAUUCCCAUGGUCUGCGAUUUGGGGGAAGUAUUCAGAGAUCUUUUUAUGUCCCCUCCAGCACUUUUGUUUGAGUACUCAGUCUCUCUAAUGUCUAAAUCCAUGGCUUUUGUUUGAGAAGACAACGGAGAGUAACCAGGAAAGAAACACCCAAAUUGUCCGACCGUCUCUAUCUGGGAAAGUGAUUUAUUCGUCUCGUCGACUGCUGAAGGAUGUCGUCUGCAAGGGUUGAUUAUAUCGCUCCUUGGUGGACUUACUGGCUUCAUGAGUUUCCUCACGUGAAUCUAAGGUUUCAGCCGUUGGAUCACACGUUUAAACCGCAAGAUGAAAACUACCAGCAGUCGCUCAUCUUCCUGGGCUGUGUAGCAGCAGCUGGGCUCGGUGUGAACCUGCUGUGUCUUGUUGUUGCCGUGGGAGUUGGUUUCUAUGGAAACAGUGAAAUCAAUGAUGGGGUGUACCAGCUGACCUAUUCUCUCUAUAAUGCCAAUCACACGCUGGCGGGUGUGGACAGUUUGGUCACUGGUACUGUGGGAGACAUGCAGAGCGGCCUGAACGAGCACUUGUCUCGACUGGGUGAGAUCUUUGCAGCACGAGGAGACUUUGUGCAGACACUGCAGUUCAUGCAACAGAUGUCAGAAAACAUCAUUAAGCAGCUGCUUGGGCUUCCUGACUGGGAAAAGGCGAAAGUAGACCUGGCCGCCAUAGCUGAUCAGACAGCAUAUGUGGAAUAUUACAGGUGGUUGACAUACCUCCUGAUACUGAUCUUGGAUCUGGUCAUCUGUCUUGCUGCUUGUUUGGGCCUGGCCAAACAAUCCCGCUGGCUGCUCACUACGAUGAUGGUCUGCGGUGUUCUGACUCUGAUAUUGAGUUGGUCGUCUCUCGGAGCUGAUGUGGCCACUGCAGUGGGCACAAGUGAUUUCUGUGUUGCACCAGACAAAUUUCUGAUGAACCAAACAAAAGAUGUGAUGAGCUCAGAUAUUGUGCAUUAUUACCUGUACUGCAGCCAGACGCUCCCCAACCCAUUUCAGCAGUUUGUUUUGCAGUCCCUGACUGUCUUCCAGAGAUCACUGACCACCAUGCAGAUCCAGAUCCAAGGUCUCCUGCAGUUUGCAGUGCCUCUGUUCCCCACAGCUGAGAGGGAUUUACUGAGUAUUCAGCAUUUACUGAAUAAUUCAGAGGCCAGUUUACAUCAGCUCACUGCACUUCUAGACUGCCGAGGACUCAAUAAGGACUACCUGGACGCUCUGAUAGGUGUGUGUUAUGAUGGCGUGGAGGGGUUGCUGUAUCUCUGUCUGUUCUCUCUGCUGGCGGCCUGUGCCUUCUCUGUCAUGCUGUGUGCCAUCCCGAGAGCGUGGCGACAGAUUGCCAACAGAGAAAGAGAUUACGAUGACAUUGAUGACGGGGACCCGUUUAACCCUCAGAGCCGGCGAAUGACGUCCCACCAUUCACAGCAGGGCAACAUGCACAGCUUCUGCAGCUACAGCAGCAGCAUGGGCAGCCAGACCAGCCUGCACCCUCCAACACAGGCUUUGACCAACGCACCCCUGUCAGAAUAUAGGAACCAGUCUGCGCUGUUUGGAGGAAACCCGCGCUAUGAGAACGUGCCUCUGAUCGGGAGGGGAUCUCCUCCUCCUUCGCUUUACUCUCAGCCAUAUAGAAACCGCUACUCUCCAACCAUGAGAGCCACCUACCUCUCCAUGACCGAAGACCAGAUCAGACACUUUGGGGAGGAUUUCCGAGCGUAGAACUGAUCUGUUGUCCUAUGGUGUGAGUCUUCACACGCUGGAAAUAAGGACACAUGGAAAACUCUCACGGCAGCAUGCGUGCGCGCCCAUCUUAAAGGAGCACAGUCUGAAAGUCGAACGUCAUUUUAAGAGCACUCAGUGUGUGUCCGUACGGUUGCUGGCAUGCAUGUGUGUGUUUGUCAAUCAUUCUGAUGGUGCGACGCUUCUUUUCCCUCAAUACUGACACAUUUGUGAGGUGCUGAAAUAUCCUCUCUCUAAUAAUCUGUUUUAUUUGUACGUUUACACCGUAUUUUUCGACUGUUGGUCUUCCCUAUUGCCUUUUCAGCUGCAGAAACUGUUCGACGUGGGUAACAAAAACUAUUUUGGACCCACUUUAUAUUAAGUGUCUUUAACUACUACAG